AUGCCCGCCCCAGCACCAGACAAGGAUGUUCUCACCGGCCGAGUCGGACAUCUGACGGCCGAACAAGCCGAACUACUCAAGAAGUUCAAGCUCGAACUGGCCACUGAGGGCUACUUUAAAGAGGGAACGGGGCCCGAAAAAGCCGUCAUGUACGGAGGUGGUCUAACAGGCGCAUCCCACGAUGAUGCUACCCUACUUCGAUUCCUCAGAGCCCGCAAAUUUGAUCUUGCUAAGAGCAAGCUGAUGUUCAUAGAUUGCGAAAAGUGGCGCAAGGAGUUCAAGGUUGACGAGCUGUAUAACACCUUUGAGUAUCCGGAGAAGAAAGAAGUCGACGCUAUCUACCCUCAGUUCUACCACAAGACUGAUCAGGAUGGUCGUCCGCUCUACAUCGAACAACUCGGAAAGCUUGACCUUACCAAGCUGUACAAAGUCACCACGCCAGAACGCCAGCUUCAGCGACUAGUUGUCGAAUACGAAAGAUUUUUGCGUGACAGGCUUCCUGUUUGCUCGAUGGAACACCAGAAAUUAAUCGAAACCUCGUGUACGAUCAUGGACCUUCAAGGUGUCGGAUUGAGUCAGUUUUGGAAAGUGAAGAAUUACGUUCAAGAAGCCUCUCAUCUCAGUCAGAGCUACUAUCCAGAAACUAUGGGAAAGUUCUACAUCAUCAACUCCCCAUACUUGUUCUCGACCGUUUGGAGCUUGGUCAAGCCGUGGUUAGACGAGGUGACGGUGAAGAAGAUCCAGAUACUCGAUUCGAGCUACCAGAAGACUUUGCUGCUCCAAAUCCCAGCAGAGUCCUUGCCGAAGACUCUCAAGGGAAAGUGCGAGUGUUCCGAGGGAUGCAGCAUGAGUGAUGCCGGGCCAUGGAAAGACAGCGAGGUUGUCGCGAAGGCCAAGGCGUUGAAAGCCGGCCCCACCUCCACGGACACCGCCACUGAGCAAGCCGCCCCUGAUGCUGCUCAACAACCCGCCGCCCCCGCUGCUGAGACUGCACCUGCGCCUGCGAUCGCCGCUGAAGCCCCCGCGGCCUGA